CCCAAGAAAGGACUGAGGGGAGCUCUCACCGCAGAGAGGGUGCCCAAGCCCCCAGCCGCCAUUUGUUGUCUGCCCGGAAGGCCCCUCGCGGGGCCCCGGGUGUGGUGUAUCAGGACGUCCAUCAGGAGUCUGGGGGAUGUGAGGCUUUCUCUGACGGGAGCGGACUCCGGUCGUCAGAGGGACGUGUCCCAAGCUCUGGCAGGCGUUAAGGCCAGUUGGUUGCCAUCCCCCACCUCCUGCCCACACUCCUGCCUGCUGGCCCAACACAAGUCAUCAUGCCUCUCAGUAAGAAGAGUCACUGCCACAAGCCUGAAGGAGACCUUAAGGCCCAAACAGGAGAUCAGGGCCUGGUGGGUGCACAGGUUCCUGUAACUGAGAAGGAAACUGCCGCCUCCUCUCUCUCUCCUUUGAUCCAGGGCACCCCAGAGGUGGUGCCUGCUGCUGGAAAACCAAGUGUUCACCAGAAUUCUCAGAAAGCCGACUCCUCCUUCACCACCGUCAAAGCCACUCCAUUGAGCAAACCAAAGGAGGGCUCCAGCAGCCCAAAACAGGGUCCGAGCACCUCCCAGGCUCCACCAGAUCCUGAGUCCUUGCUCAGUGAUGUGCUAAACCAGAAGGUGGCUGAAUUGGUACAGCUCCUGAGUGCCAAGUAUGUAACAAAGGAGCUUAUCACAGAGGCAGAAAUGCUGCAGAGUGUCAUCAAAGAGCACAAGGGCCACUUCCCUGUGAUCUUCGGGAAAGCCUGUGAGUGCAUGGAGCUUGUCUUUGGCAUUGAAGUGAAGGAAGUAGACCCCAUCAACCACUCCUAUGUGCUUGUCAAAAUCCUAAAUCUCACCUACGACGGGAUGCUGAGUGAUGACCAGGGCAUGCCCAAGGCCGGCCUCCUGAUCCUUAUCCUGGGUGUGAUCUUUGUGGAGGGCAACCGUGUCCCUGAGAAGAGGAUCUGGGAGGUGCUGAAUAAGAUUGGAGUGUGUGCUGAGAGGAAGGAUUUCAUCUAUGGGGAGCCCAGGAAGCUCAUCACCAAAGAUUUUGUGCAGGAAAAGUACCUGGAGUACCGGCAGGUGCCUAACAGUGAUCCUCCAUGCUACGAGUUCCUGUGGGGUCCCAGGGCCCACGCUGAAACCAGCAAGAUGAAAGUCCUGCAGUUUCUGGCCAAGGUCAAUGGUACCAACCCCGCUUCCUUCUCAUCCUGGUAUGAGGAAGCUCUGAGAGAUGAAAAAGAGCGAGCCCGGCCCAGAGUUGCCACCGCCAGUGGUACUAGGGCCACGGCCAGUGAAAGUUCCAGUGUCCCAUCUAGCAGCUUCUCCUGCCCUGAGUGAUGUCUGAAGAAGAUCCUCCACUCUGUGUUUGAAGAGGGCAAUCAAGGCUCUAAAUAGUGGAGGACUGAAUUGCAGAUUUUAUCUUUUUGGUAUUUUUUAAACGUUCACCUUUCUAAAAGGUUUUUUAGCUUCAGAGUCUAGGCUCGUGAAUGAUACUGGUUACAUGUUUAUUGCUGUUUAUCGGGUUUAAGAAUAAGAAUUUUGCUCUUCUGGAAAACCUAUUGGGAAACUUUUAUUUUCUGAUCUGGAAGAGACUAGCAUAGCACUGAUAGCGAAAUUUCCUUAGAAAUAUGGAAGAGCCCAAAAAAAAAAAAAAAAAAAAAAGAAAUAUGGAAGAGCCCAGCAGUAAGAGAGAUGGGAUCAAGAAGUAGAGGGGGAAAUGUAAAGGAUGGUUAUCCUAGGAUUCCUGUAUCCCAGUUAGUCUGCUGGGUAGUGAAAUUAAAGCUCUGUACUUGGAUUUGUUUGGCUAAAGAAUG